CAGUUCUGAUUGCGCGUUCGAUCAUUUCGGAGUGCUCCGUAGCAGCUUAUUGCUGAAAUUUCGGAAUUGCAAUCGAGCGCCGAUUGCGUGAACUACGUAGCUACGUCGAUUUCGAGGUCGUCAUCGCAGGAUUCUUCCUGGGAACGUCGAAUUUACGGCAGAUGUUUGUCAUCAAGCAAAUGAAUCGAUGCUAGAUAGGCGUUGAGUCAAAGGAAUUUCUUGUAUCAACCUGUCCCCACGGUAGAGCAUUCCAUUCAUUCGAGCAGAGAUGGCUGAAGCGUUACGCCUGCAAAGCGAAGAGCAUCGUUAAAACGGACAUCGUUGGACGGUUCGAUGAAGAGAGUUGAGAUAUAUGAAAUCUACAGCGAUCGGUUGGGUCUUCUCAAAGCACACUUUGGAACACGUUUUCCCAGUGAAUCCCUCAGUAUUGGUCAGAUGCUAAGUUGGGACGAAUUCAAUCAGCAAGAAGAUCGAAGAUCCACUGAAUCAUUGCUUGCAUGAAGCAACUGGCCGUAUCAGUCCUGACAUCGCUGGAUAGUUGCUCAGAAGAGCUAUUCGCAUGAAGCAAACAUCCCCUUCAUCACCAACAUCAGCAUUCUUCUUCAAGAAAAAUCAUAAUACACGGGGCCGACGCCAGUCGGUGGGGUCUUUCAGUCAAAUGUGUUACACCAAGUGGACAGAUCGAACUUAAGUAAAGACUUCGAUUAAACGCAGAACUUCGCAGCAGAGCUUCGGAGUAAGCGUAGUAAAGGGAGCGAAGUAUGGCAGAGGAGAGCGGCGAGGUCAAGUCGGCGGGGCCGGCCUCGCCAAGGAGUCCACAGAGUGGAGGCACAGCCACUGCCAAGGCCAGCAGCCCCAGAUCUCCCCGUCAGCCUCGUCGAGUGAAGUUGACGGAGCAACAAUUGGACAGCUUGACCAGGGACGAGUUGGCAGCCAAGUGGCGUGAGCAAGACUUGUAUGUGGAGUGUCUAGAGGCGCAGGCGGCAGCCCAGGAAGGUGAAGUAGGCUCAUUGCGAGAGUCGGAGGAGAAAUACAGGCAGCAGUAUGCGGAGGCUUCGCAUCGAGAGAAAAUCCUUGUCAGGAGACUGGCGUCGAAGGAACAGGAACUUCAAGAAUAUGUAAAUCAGAUAGCGGAGAUGAAGGCAGCCAAUGCUCCAGCUGCGGCAGCACUGCGAUCAGCCCUCCUGGAUCCAGCAGUGAACAUUUUAAUCCAGAAACUCCGUCAAGAGCUCGUCACUACCAAAGCUAAACUCGAGGACACCCAAAAUGAACUCAGCGCUUGGAAAUUCACACCAGACAGUAAUACGGGGAAAAGAUUAAUGGCGAAGUGCAGGUUACUUUAUCAAGAGAACGAGGAGCUCGGCCGAAUGAUCGCGAGUGGUCGCAUCGCGAAGCUAGAGGGCGAGUUGGCAUUGCAGAAAAGCUUCAGCGAAGAAGUGAAGAAGUCUCAGUCUGAGUUGGACGAGUUCCUGCAAGACUUGGAUGAAGACGUGGAGGGCAUGCAGAGUACCAUCUACUUUCUACAACAAGAACUGCGCAAGGCCAGGGAAUCGGUGACCUUGUUGCAACAGGAGAAUGCAACCCUGAAGACGACCUCCGGCGAGUCGAACCUGACGAAUGGACUGUCGCCUCGAACCCCACCGAUCAAGAAGGAGGACGUCGAGGAGGCUGCGGCGACGACGACCGAGACAACGGAGGGGAAGGCUCUGAAGAACGAAGACAGUGAGGUGUGCAAAGGUGCAAGGACUCCUCCGCUUCCGACCAUCCUGUCUCCUAGGAGUCAGGUUGUCGAAGGGACUGACCGGGUCGAAAGAGGUGAAAGGACAGACCGGAGACCUAAUCUACCGGAGCACCUGGACGACAGCUCUGGUGAUUCCCCUGCUCUGAUCAUCAAAGUUGAGAACGAGGAGCUCAGCGACAGGGAAGAGGAGGACCAAGAACACGAGGAAGAGGCUUCGGAAGGUCGCGGCAAGAGGAGGACUCUCAGGACUAAAACUAAUAGUAGGAACAGUGGUAAGAGUAACGGUGAGGAGGUGGUGACGAGGACGACCCGCGGUCGGGAUAGGACAAAACGGGAGAAAAGUGCUCCGGGUAGUGACGAGGAGAGGAUCCGCAAGAAGAAACGGCGAGAGAGCGUGCUUUCCCUCGACUACAAUGAAGCAGAUGACGAUGCCCUGGUCCUGACCAACGGAGAGACCCUACAGAGUGACCCGGAGUGAGGAACUCUCUGGCUCAGAGGUACCGUAAGGAUAGUGACACAUACCGAAGGGCACAACGAAGGAUUCUGUAAUAUAUCGAUAGGUACCAAAGGCACUGUUCACUCCGAUGGAGGACUCCGAAACGUUUGACUAUGUCGGAACAUCUUAUAGCCGGGACAAACUGUGUGAGAGAUGGGCAAAAUAUAGUGCAGGAUGAGUUUCUCGAGGGGUGAUCCUAACAGUGACUUGAUCGUACUAACGUAUCCAUACACUAAUGUGCAAUCAUCCUGCCCAUCUCUGCUUCGAGCACAUUAAUAACACCAUCGAUGGUAAUUAUCCAAUGAUCUCGAUAAUCAAUGGUGAUAUUAAAUUUUAACAUUGUGCCUCAGUGCAAAUGGUUUAUACAACAGUUUGUCAUGGAUGACAGCUUUGGCUUGAAUCUACAAAUGACUCGGACUCGAUGCAAAAUCAUUUGGCAUUGAACCUCAUUAAUUGUGGUUGCUCCGUCACCGUGCCAUCUUGUGAUUUAUUUAUAUUAUCUGAAGCAAACUAUUGUGUUUUGUGGUUUUUCUCAAUUAAAUUUUCUUUGCAGUAGAAAUUUAUUUAAGCAUAUUUGAGUUCGGUCCGAGUCGAGUCAUUUGGAGAGGCAAGCUUGAGACUUAGACAUAUCGAAUCAUCUAGGCAACGGCACAGAGAUUCGUGAUUCGAGUCUUCGGAGACGUUUGCGGAGUCUACUCAAAAGCCUUUUCGGAUCGCAAGCUCGUCAAAGGCUCAUUGAUCUGUCUUGAGAAUUUAUCGACACAUGGAUGGGAUCAAUCGGAAGGUACUGGGUAGUGAAGCAUUUCGACCACCAGGGCACACGGUACACGUUAAAGAAAUAACUGAAGUGGAUACUCGUGUAUAAUAUAUUUUUUGUAUUCGCAGCGUCCGCAAUUUAUUUCCUCGCAGUCGGCUGUUCAAUAGCUGACUUCCAGAACUAGGACAUUUCUGUUCAAUAACCUCUUUUGCAUCAGGUGCAAUAUCUUACAGUAUCUACUACAACUGUCCAUUUGGGACAUUGCUUUAGUCAUUAAGGGAAAACAUUCGUUUUUAAUCUGGUGACGAUGAGUUCACAACAAAUUCGAUUCGACAGUCAAAACCAAGACCAGUGAGUUUUUCUUUUACUUGACACUGACCUUUUCUUUUGUUCUUCUUUUUCUUCUUUUUUUUUAGCAAAGUGAACUUGAUUUGGACUUCCAUGAGCCGUUUCAGUUUGAAAAGAGCAAGCAUUUUUAAGAUUUAAUUUAACAAAAAUGUUAUUUCAAGCCAAUGACUUUACCAAGCUGUCAGUUGUGCACCAAAUGCCGUAAUAUAUUUUUCUCGUAGGAGCGGUGAUUGUUCAGAAACGUUCUUGUUCCGUCAGUAUGCCUGUUAGAAGGUAGGCUUCCAGGCACUAAUCGAUCCUAUAUCCCAUCGCUCGUGUAUAAUAUCUAUGUAUAAAUAAUAUAAUUGUAUGUAAGAGGAAUUUAUAUGUAUACAUACGAAAACGAUUAAGGAAUCAUUGCGUAAAACCUGUACUCUCGGUGGUGUCCACGCGAGUUGAAACUGGAAAUUGUAUAAUAACAUGCGGGACGUUACAUCGUCGUAAGUCCCAGGUAAAGUUAAGACUUCUAGAGGAGCCGACGGAGAGGGAACACGUUAGUCGACUUAAGAGCCGACGCGAACGAGGCGUGCAACGUGUCACUAUAGAUUUACCUAGCGUUAAACACAUCACAAGGCAGUAACUCGACAGGACUCUUGCAAUUUGUUAAACCGUCUUUCUUUACCCCAUGCAACCCAUCGGAAGCAGCACCCCUAACUUACCUCCCGGAAAACCGAACCCGUAACUCGACUGUACAAAGUGUUUACAUUGCUAUUUUAUAUCUCACCCGCAUAUAUUAAUAUACGUUUGUUUUAUAUCGUCCCUUUCGGAAACGUUUACUUUUAUGGUAAUAGUUUUGCCUAUUGUGAAAAAUAUAUUUUCAAACAUU